CAUGAAGAGACGUGUAGCGAUUAUUGGUGCCGGCUGUAGUGGUCUAACAGCAAUAAAAGCAUGCCUAGAGGAACAUCUACAACCUGUCUGCUUUGAGCGAGAAGAUGAUAUUGGAGGACUGUGGAACUAUAACGAUGAACCCAAACUUGGAAAAGGAAGCGUGUUCAGAAGUACUGUUAUCAAUGUAAGUAAAGAAAUGAUGGCGUUCAGUGAUUUCCCUCCACCAAGACAUUACGCUACGUAUGCUCCCCAUCGUCAAGUCUUGGAGUACUUCAAGUUGUAUGCAGAGAACUUUGGACUGCGUGAGUUCAUUAGAUUUGAUACAAGUGUUGAGAAGGUUGAACAGGCUGACGACUAUGAAAAGACAGGACGAUGGACAGUUACCUUUCGAAAGGAGACAACUAAUGAUGUAAAAACAGAAAUAUUUGACGGCGUAAUGGUAUGUACCGGACAUCAUACAUUCCCUCACAUGCCAGUAUUUUAUGGGAAGAGACAAUUCAGGGGAAGAAUAAUGCAUUCACACAGCUACAGAGACAGCACAGAAUUUGAAGACAAAACAGUUCUUAUAGUUGGUUUGGGAAAUUCGGGAGUUGAUAUAGCAGUUGAUCUGUGUAAACAUGCAAAGCAGGUUUAUUUAAGUUCAAGAAGAGGUGCAUGGGUUAUAAGCAGAAAAUUUCUUUGUGGAAUUCCAGCUGAUGCAUUUGCAAACACCAGACUAUUAUUUUCCUUGCCUAAAUCUUUCCUGAAGUGGGCAUUUCAGUUUUUUGCCAAUUUACAUUUUAAUCAUGGAUUAUUCGGAUUGAAACCAGAACACAGAGGGCUCGAAACCCACCCUACAAUCAGUGAUGACCUUCCAGUAAGAAUGUUAUCAGCACAGGUGAUCCUAAAACCAAACGUCCGGCAUUUCACAGAAACUGGUGUUAUUCUAGACAACAAUGAAUGUAUUGAAGUUGAUGAUGUUAUCUUUGCAACAGGAUAUGAUUUUAAAUUUCCAUUUAUUGAUGAUCGAUUGAUAUCAGUCGACAAGAACAAAGUAUUUCUGUACAAGUAUAUGUUCCCGCCACACCUUCCUUACCCAACACUGGCAAUUAUUGGACUGGUCCAGGUUAUUGGUGCUGUCAUGCCAGUCUCAGAAAUGCAAUGUCGUUGGUUUACAAGACUUUUAAAAGGAAAGAAUACACUACCUUUCCGGGAGAUAAUGGAGGAAGACAUAGAACAGAAAAGAAAAGGUUCUCGCUAUGUUAAAACUCAACGACAUACAAUACAGUCAUUUUAUAUUGAAUACAUGGAUGAGCUUGCACAGGAAAUAGGCGCUAAACCAAACUUGUUCCGAAUGCUUUUUAAAGACCCCGUUUUGGCUUUCCACUGUUUGUGCAGUCCCUGUAUUCCUGCCCAGUACAGACUUUUUGGUCCGUGUAAAUGGGAUGGAGCCAAGGAGUGCAUCAAAACAGCAUGGCAACGAAGUUUAUCCCCCUUGUCAGAAACGUCAUUUCCCUGGAACAGAAAUGGCACCAAGAAAGGUUCGACCGACGACAAAAAAGGUUCGACCAACGACGACAAAAAAGGUUCGACCGACGACGUCAAGAAAGGUUCGAACGACGACAAAUUCACUACUACUAUACUUCUAGUAACAGUGCUCGUCUUAAUAGUAGUUUACAUGUAUUUUUUCAACUAGAAAUCACCUGAGAAAUGGUAACUUUUAAAGAUGGAUGUUAUUUGUGGAGUAUACCAUUUUAUUUACUGUAUACCCCGAGUCUAUAAACUGAUGUAAAUGUACAGUUUAAAGUCGUACAGUGCAAGUAAAUUUCAAAUCUGUCAAUCCAGGUUCAACUUAUAAAU